UUGUUCUGAAGAGUGUGCUAUAUUAUUUGUCCAUCGACGAAAUAUUUUUUGUGAUUGUGAUUUAGGAAGAAAAUAAAGUUGCCAUAAUUUGGCUAUAAAUAAAAAAAUCAUGUCUGGAUUUGCGAAGCUGCUUGCAGUGAUUCUGAUGUGCGGUACAUUCAUAUCAGCAAAUGACAUUGAUCCAAUGUUGAUCGAACCUCCUAAAGUAUCAUACGAAGAUAUGUUAGAAGCAGCAGCCAAGUUCAAUUCCUUUGAGUUUGACGAAGGUGUGGAAACUCUUGGCUACCCAUCAGAGAACAUCAACAUUGGUGGGUUUUACGGAACAUCUCAAUACAACGUUGCGAUGUUUCGUGGAAUUAAAUACGCUACCGCAGAAAGAUUUGAGAAACCAACUAUGCUGGAAAAAAUAGAUGGAUUAGAUGUGACGGCCUAUGCAACUGGUCCUUCAUGUCCUCAACCAUCUGCAGAUUAUUAUGAAAAUGGCCAUAAAUACAGUGAAGACUGCUUGUAUCUUGAUGUUUACGUUCCGCUCCGACGAACCGUCUUUGUGACGUCACAGCAAACUCCUAUCGAGUCUUACCGCAAAAAGCGCGACGUAGAAUGGGAAAGUGGUUCUGGAUCUGGGGAGCAUAUGGAAUACGAUGAAUAUGUUGCUUCUGGGGAAGAGGUGCAUCAUAGCGAAGUACCACCACCGGAGGAAAGAGUAGCAUCUACUACGAGCGCUGAGACCACAACAACAUGGGCAGCUAAAGACGAACUCCUGUUCCACACAGAUCUCCCCGUCAUCAUUGCUUUUCAGGGAGAGGAAUUCACUUAUGCAGCAAGCCGAGGUAUUGAUGGGCGCGUUCUUGCUAGAUAUGGAUCUGCUAUUGUCAUCGUUGUUAAUUAUCGUACUGGCGUUCUUGGUUUUCUAAGUUCUGGGGACGAACGUAUCAAAGGAAAUUUCGGCUUGUAUGACCAAAAGGUUGCGAUUCAAUGGGUGAAAAAAUAUGUGGAGCAAUUCGGUGGCGAUCCUAGACAAAUCACACUACUAGGAUUUUCAUCUGGAGCUGAGAGUGUCUCUGCGCAGAUGCUCAAUCCUACAAACAAGGAUCUCUUUCAAAAAGUCGUUUUACAAAGUGGUGUGGCAAAACAAGGAACAAUGUUUUACAAUGACGAGGCAGCAGAAAUUGCAGUACAGGGAGAUAUUUUGCAAAAGUUAAUAGAUCGUUCUGGAUGCGAAGACGAUUCUGUGAACUGUUUAAUAGACUUGGAUACAGUGAAACUGAUUACAAAAGCUGGUGAACUCGCGUUUGAAAGGAAAGACAAUAGGACUUUCGGGCCAAUACGAGAUAACCAUUAUUUUUCUGCCAAUGAUUCAGAAGGACUUUUAUCACGGUACGAUAUCAUGAUUGGUGUGGUUGAAAACGAAGCUGGAAAAUGGGUGAACGGACUGGACGACAACAUAACACUCUAUGAUAUAAUCAGACAUGAAUUCUCCAGCAACAGCUAUUUUCACUGUGCUCCCGAGACCUUGGUUAAUUUUCUAAGUUUUGAGUACAGAGCCUCUUCGGAGACCGACGAAUUGAAUGCACUGCAGAAAGGAUACCUGAAUCUUGUAAAUGACUACAGUUACAUUGGACCUGCCGUCGCUUUUGCGAAUAGAGCAACUACGGAAGGUGCCAAAACUUAUUUCUACAAAUUCCAAGCUCAUGUAUCUACUAUGGCACCUGGAAGACCGUCAAUUUUAGAAGGAAUGCCAAUUCAUGGCGACGAUCAAGGUUAUUUGCUUGGGAUGCCUCUCAUUUUGACAGAACUAUACACGAGCUCGACUAGGAAUAUUUCAGCCAAUUAUCUGAGAAUGGUUUCAAAUUUUGCACAUUCUGGAAAUCCUGAUGAUGGUCCUACACCCAAACCGUCCUCCGUGGACUCCUGGACACCCUUUACUUUGGAGAACAUGGAAACAUUUGUUAUUUCUGAGAAGAUGGAAGUGAAACCCAAACUUUUUUCGAGAAGUAUGGAUAUCUGGUCUGAAGCAGUGACAUACCUGAUGUCGGACGAUAUAUGCCCGAAGGUUGAGGUUAAAAAAGCGUCGUGUUCGGUAAAGUCUUGCAAAUAUAUCAAAGACUGGGAGAAAAAUUACAUCAAGUGGAGAGACGUAGACGUUCCAAAAUGGAGGCAAGCUGCGGAAAAGUACGGUGAAUUUGACAACGACGACGAGGGAGAAAGCUGCGACAAGUCCUAAAUUUUGUCUCAAUCGAAUUAUUCUGCUUACAACAACAACUACAGUUACUUUGUCACUUUUCUGAAGUGCAACGUCACGCCAUAUUAGAUUCACACCUUAAUUAAAUUUGAACUCUGCUUUUAUUAUUUUCUUGUUCAUUCUCGCGUGAAUUAAACUCAUUUAUGUUCA